GUGGAUAAGUACGAACCGCUUCUUGACGUUGAGUGUGGCGAGGUUCGAGAAGACGCGGAAAUAGCGGCUAGUGCCGAUCGACCGUAUGAAAUAUGGUUGGACACGGAAGGCACAAAAAUUGAAGCUGAUAACGAUGUCAACGUUUUCCAGUCUUUCCUUGAUCAACAGCCAAGCAAGUUACAUCGGCGAGCUAUUUCCUAUGUGAUCAACACUGUCGGCUUAUUAAUUACAAAAAUCGGUAUGGAGUCAUUUCCGAGCGUGUCGGAACGAGCUAUUGGCCAGCUAGCCGCGUUGGUGGAACAGGACAUUUCCCCGGUCACAGCUGGACAACUUGUUCAAAUUGCAGCGCUGUUCAUCUAUGCAGUGCAUUGUAAUGGAAUUGCUGGAGAUGAGGACGUGUGCAGUGUUCAACAGCAGCAAGCAGUUCACGCUCUUGUCAGUGUGUUUGGUGUAUUUCUGCGUCCGAUAGAUCUGAGGCUCGCUGAAGUCAAUUCAUGGAUCAAAGGCUCCUCUGAAGUGCCACUGGUUGUGUCACGUGUACUGCCAGCUGUUUGUGUGCUUUGUGAGUGGUUCUCUUGUCCACAAGCGUCAGCCAUAUACCGAACGAUGCCAUCGGUCGAGCCAUUGCCGACGUCCAUAGUUGACAUUGAUACCUGGCAUCUACUGGCAAACAUCGCCAAUGUGCUGGCUCGAUUGCAGGAUGGUGGCGAAAUGGUGAAAAUAGAAAAUAACGCAGGCUCAGCCAAAACGUGCAUCCUGCCUGAGCUUGCAUAUUUGUGUACCACCGAUGCGAACAAUGAAACAGCGGACUCGCUGAUACCGGUUCAAAUACGUCUAGCGCAACUUCUGCUGGCCGCUGAGUAUUUAGACGGCUCUGAUCUGUCAUGUUUUUUCUUUUGCGAGAAAACGGGACGAUUCAAGCGAAGUGACCAUGUUGAAGGUGAUCUGAGAGAGCGUUCAAAAGCCAUACAUGCUCAACGAACUGAGGAGUCGCCGAGGGUUCCAACACCAUUGACAAGGGAAGAGUUGCUCGAACGAGAAAUGCGCAAGCACGAACAGUUGUUAGUGGUGAAACCAGUCUAUUUGGUUAUUGAUACGAACGCUUUCAUUGAUCAGUUGAGCGCUAUUCAGAAAAUUCUGCAGUGCGAACGUUUUCGAGUACUGAUUCCAACGACAGUGAUGGAAGAGCUAAUUGAUCUACAACAUGGUGAACUAAGAAGUUCGCGAGUACAAGGACCGACCGAAGGUGCACGACAAGCAGUGACGUGGUUACGUGAGCAGACCAGGCAGAAGAACGCACGUCUGUUCACGUUGACGAUGCGUGGACGCCGACUGCCGAUCGCGGUGGUUCGAGAAGAAGCCGGUGACGAUGGUGAAGUGGUACGUUAUAUUUACUGUCUUUUCAUAGCUACUGAGACCUGCCUGGUUCAUCAGAAAGUCACCCACUAC